CGCGUGCCUGAGAUGCCGUUCGCGAACGAAAGCAGGGUGCGAACCGCACCUCUGAGCUGGCCCGACAGCUGUAAGACGAGAGGUGAAUCAGCGGAGGCGGCGCCCAGCACGCGACGUCGUUCGUCAUGGGCUCAGCCUUGGUAAUGUCGAGUUGCGCUGCGCCACGAUUUUUCUGGUCACCCCGCCAUCACCCGGAGCUGCGCAAGGGCACGCUUUUGCUCUUACUCCUACCAGACUCUCCCUCGUCCAUUUUUCCUACCAUUCAGAUCAUCAGCCUCGCCGAGUCGAUAACCGUCUCGUCCUCUGCUUCCGGUCCCUCUCUUCUGAUCGCUUUAACUUGAUCUGGGUCUGCCGCACGUGUUUGACAGAAGGUCGUCACGAUGCCGUUUUCCAUAAACAAUCCGCUGCCUAGCAGCAUGAAGAGCGAAUGUCGCAAAGCAGGCAAGAUUCUGGCUUCGUUCAUCGAUCCCAACCAAGCCUUCGGGCCCGACAAGAUCAUUCCUCCUGAAAUCCUAAGCCGCGCAAAGGGUCUGGCUGUCCUAACAGUGUUUAAAGCUGGCUUCCUUGGCUCUGGUCGUUUUGGCUCCGGCGUCGUCGUCGCCCGUCUUGCGGACGGCUCGUGGUCAGCGCCGUCGGCCAUUGGAACGGUUGGCGGCGGCUUUGGCGGACAAAUCGGUUUCGAACUUACAGACUUCGUCUUCAUCCUGAACGACGCAAGCGCUGUCAAGACAUUUGCACAGGCAGGAUCAAUCACGCUGGGUGGUAAUGUCUCUAUCGCCGCCGGCCCCGUAGGUCGAAACGCGGAAGCCGCGGGUGCUGCAAGUUUGAAGAGUGUCAGCGGUAUCUUUGCCUAUAGCAAGACCAAGGGUCUGUUCGCUGGUGUCUCGCUGGAAGGCAGCGUUCUCAUUGAAAGAAGAGACGCCAAUGAGAAGAUGUACAACAGACGAGUCACCGCCAAUGCCCUACUCAGCGGACAGGUUCCUGUGCCCCCAGCAGCGGAUCCUCUGAUGCGAGUACUAAAUUCAAGAGUGUUUUCUGGCUUCGGAGGCGGCGAUGCAAUCUACAACGACAUUCCAGUAUACGAGGACACACACGACGACGAUAUAUGGCAAGGAAGACGUGGAGCAGGCAUGGGCGAAGGUCAACCAAGUGCAAAUCUACAGUCACCGCGCUCUCCUACAGGUGGUGGAUAUGGACGGAACGACGAUUACGAGUACCGCGAUCGGCCGCAACGAUCGUCAACUUGGCAGGACGAUGUAUACGAUCGGGGAGACGUUCACGGCGUGUCACGCUCCAACACGUAUAGCUCCCGCGCCAAUCCAAACGAGACGUUCGACUCGCUUGCCUCCCGUGGACGCUCCAGCACCGGUUUCGACAGCAACUACAGCGACAAGUCUCGACCAAGUCGUCCGACGGCUCCCAAGCCCAACUUUGUGACGAAGAAGGAUCUUGCCUCAAAUCAGGCUAUUGCGAAGUUCACUUUUGAGGGAGAGCAGGACGGCGAUUUGAGCUUUAAGAAGGGUGAUAUAAUCACUAUCGUGAAGAGGACGGAGAACGCAACCGAUUGGUGGACCGGCAGGAUAGGAAAUAGGGAAGGCAUCUUUCCAAGCAACUACGUCGAGACUGUAUGAACCUCGGUGAUUCAAUGCGGAGCCGGGAAAUUGAAAGCGCGCUCUUGGGUCAAAUCGUUGACGGCAGAAAGGGGUGCCAGUAUUUCUUUCGCUAACAGAGCCCUUUUUGACCUUUCCUCCCCCUCGUUCGGCAUUUGUGCUAUCAACAAGAACAUACAGGUGCUGAAUUCGGAUUUGGGAAUUUAGGGACAUAGCACGGCGUUCAGGGGAAUGCGUUUCAUAUACAAACAUGCGCGCGUCGUCGAAUCUAAACUUGCGAAUCAUUCUUAUCUAGCCACAAGCCCUCGGGGUUGAAUUUCAAUGCUUAUGGCAAAAUUCCGUACACCGUUUACUACGACAUUUCCCAUCUUCAUCCGACUUCUUUCUCGGUGUAGACCCGGAAAGCUUCCUCUCGUUGAUCUGUACUUUUCUCGAAAGCGCUUUCUUAGAAAUGAAAUCAUGGAACGUUCGUUUGCUGAUACAAAUUUAAGGCAAAGACAGCUUUAUCUCCUUCAUCGGUAAU